GGCUGGCGCGUGUAAUGGCGGAGCUGGCGCAGGGGCAGAGCGCGGCUCCAGUGGGGAUUAAACCCGAGGGCUUCGCCGACGCUUUGCACCGGGUCCGCCAGAUUGCUGCUAAAAUUGGAGAUAUUCCUCACUUGAAUAAUACCGCGCCACUGGUGGACCCCUCUGUCUAUGGUUAUGGAGUACAAAAAAGGCCCUUGGAUGAUGGAGGUCUCCGUUUAAGUGGGCUCCAUGGAGCACAGAUAAGAGAUACAGAGAGAAUAGGUAACCAGUUAGGGGCCCUGGUACAUCAAAGGACAGUAAUAACAGAAGAAUUCAAAGUGCCUGAUAAAAUGGUUGGAUUUAUAAUCGGCAGGGGCGGUGAACAGAUCUCACGGAUCCAGGCAGAGUCUGGCUGCAAAAUUCAGAUUGCUCCAGACAGUGGCGGGAUGCCCGAGAGGCCCUGUGUGCUCACCGGAACACCAGAGAGCAUUGAACAAGCGAAGAGGCUACUGGGGCAGAUAGUGGAUCGCUGUCGGAAUGGCCCUGGCUUUCACAACGAUGUUGAUGGCAACAGUACGAUCCAGGAGAUUCUGAUCCCGGCAUCCAAAGUGGGUCUAGUCAUUGGCAAAGGAGGCGAAACAAUAAAACAGCUGCAGGAGCGAACAGGUGUGAAAAUGGUUAUGAUCCAAGAUGGCCCAUUACCGACGGGAGCAGAUAAACCUCUCCGUAUUACUGGAGAUGCUUUUAAAGUACAGCAAGCCAGGGAAAUGGUACUGGAGAUCAUCCGAGAGAAAGAUCAGGCAGAUUUCCGAGGCGUACGAAGUGAUUUCAGCUCUAGAAUGGGAGGAGGCAGCAUAGAGGUCUCUGUGCCCAGGUUUGCUGUUGGAAUUGUAAUAGGAAGAAAUGGAGAAAUGAUCAAAAAGAUUCAGAAUGAUGCUGGCGUUAGGAUUCAGUUUAAACCAGAUGAUGGGAUUAGUCCUGAAAGAGUCGCGCAGGUCAUGGGGCUUCCUGAUCGGUGUCAGCACGCAGCUCAUAUCAUCAAUGAGCUUAUUCUCACAGCACAGGAACGAGAUGGCUUUGGAAGUCUGGCAGUAACCCGGGGAAGAGGUCGUGGUCGUGGGGACUGGAGCGUUGGGACACCUGGGGGGAUGCAGGAAAUAACCUACACAGUGCCAGCUGAUAAGUGUGGCCUUGUUAUAGGCAAAGGUGGAGAGAACAUCAAGAGCAUAAACCAGCAGUCAGGAGCCCACGUGGAGCUGCAAAGAAAUCCACCUCUCAACACGGACCCUAGCGUACGGAUAUUCACCAUCAGAGGAGUUCCUCAACAGAUUGAGCUCGCUAGACAUCUCAUAGAUGAGAAAGUUGGUGGUACCAGCAUGGGUGGACCUGGCGGUUUUGGUCAAAAUCCUUUCAGCCAAGCACCUGCUACACCUCAUCAAAAUGGUCCUCAGGCAUUCAUGACACAGGGUUGGGGCAGCACCUACCAGACGUGGCAACAGCCUGGACAGCAAGUCCCAAGCCAACAGAGCCAGCAGCAGAACAGCCAGCCUGAUUACAGCAAGGCGUGGGAGGAGUAUUACAAAAAACAGAGUCACGCUGCCAGUGCUGCUUCUCAGGCAAGUUCCCAGCCGGACUACACAAUGGCAUGGGCGGAGUAUUACAGACAGCAGGCUGCCUACUAUGGGCAGACACUAGGGCAAGCUCAGGCCCACAGCCAGGAGCAGUAGAACAAUGUCCUUGUGGCAAAUUUUUUUCUUGGAAUCAUUGUGGAAGAAAACCUUUUUGUAACAGAGGUUUCUAGAUUUGCAACAUUUUGAUGAAGACUUUUCUGUUUGUUUGUGAAACACUAGUUGUAGGAUAAUCUAAACUGAACUUUUCUAAGAAUCAGGAACAAUUAGUAAUGUACUAAACUUAUGGACAUGCUGGUAAUUUUUUGUUUCCAAAUUUGUAAAAACUCCGGGAUUCUUUUUGGAAAGAAGCCAGAGAAUUACAGGCACCAAAACGCACCCCAGAGCUGUGACAUUUCAACAUGUGGUUUUUUGUGUGGUUUUUUCUUUUUUCUUUUUAGUUUUCAAUCUUUUCUGUUGCAACAGAAAGAGUGGCUUGGAAGUCUUAGGUGGUAUGUAACAAAUCCUAAAAAAAAAAAAAAUUUUAAACAGUAUUUAAAUAUUCUUAAAUAUGUAAAUUCAUUAAAUGUUUUACUUCUAAUUUCUUGUACCUUGGCUGUCUUUUUGAUUUUAUUGCAUUUUUUAAAAAACUGAACUAUGGUAUGUAUUGUAAUUAAUUAAUUAUGUGAAUUCUGUAUUGAGACACUUACUGUUUUGCUGUCAGGCAAGUGGGGGGGGAGGUAUUUUGUAGGGUUUGUAUAAUUUCUAGAGUUCUAAAGGGUAAUAUAAAAAUGUGUUAAUUUUUUUAGCAAUACAUUUUUUCAUGUCUCCAUUGCUGGUUGCAUUUAUGUAUCUAAGACCUCCAAGCUUGUUUAAAAAAAAAAACAAAAAAAACCCUUCCUCUAUGCUCUCAGAAAUAUAAAUACUGUUAUUUUUAAUAUUAAAAUGAAUCUGCUAUUAGUACCUUUAACAAACACUGUGGAACAUUAAACCAUAUAAAAAGUAGUAACUAUUUUUUAAUUCCAGGGUGUUUUUUGCUUUUUUCAUUUUUCUUUUUAAAUAUUUUCUUAUCUAAUAUUUGUCAAAUUACCUAGAGAAAUAAAUGAAUCUAGUAUUAACCACAGUAUGCGCUAAAUAAUUUUGAUUUAAUAAAAGGGAUAAUAUGAUUUCCAAUGUUUACUGUAGUGUUUCUUGUACAGAUAACAGUGUAUUUUUAAAGGAAAAAACGGAAUUGAAGCUAUUUUUUCUUGCAUUUUUAAUUGACCUGCGGGACAUUCCGUUUUGAAAUGUACUGAAGUUACUGUUCUUGGGUUCUUUCCUUAUUUUUUCCUUAUAAUGCUUGAAAUGUCUAACUAUAAAGAAACACCAUUGGAUAAUGUUGAGCAUGAUGUUAAAAAAGUGUUCUUUUUAUUUGACUGACAGUUGCAUUUUACACUCUAUAUAAUAAAAUUUCCACAAGAUGUCUUGUGGGUGAAGUAUUUU